UCUGAAAUCUAAUCUAACCCAAACCCAAAUCCAACAAAUAAAACUAAACUCUCCUCUCCAAUUUCAUAAUUCUAACCACAAAAAACUUGUAAACUUUCUCAUACCAUCUCUCCUAAACUCUCACCAAUACACAAACUCAGCUCUACUUAAUUCUUCAUAAUCCCAUGAUCACCAAAUUCAGCUCACAAUUUGGUGGCUGACACCAUAUAGUUGCUCAUAACCAAGUUUUUACUUACUACUAUUAGUUUCAAAAUUUCAGCUUCUUCUUUCUUAGUAUAUUUUACUUCUCUCUCUACCUUUCAUUAAACCCUUUUUUUCUCUCUCUACCCAUUUAGGUUUUGUUUUAGUGAGUAACAGAGGUUCUUAGAUUCUUUAAAAGGCAAAAAAAAUGGACCCCGUAACGGCUCAUGGCCAUUCUCUUCCGCCGCCGUUCCACACGAGAGAUUUUCAGUUACACCACCACCACCAGCAGCAGCAGCAACAGCAACAGCAGCAAUUCUCUCACCAUCAUCACCACCAACAGCAGCAGCAACAUAACUCCGAAGACGAACAAAGUGGCAGCAGUAGCGGCGCUGGUCUCAACAAGUCGCAGAAGCGCGAGCGUGACGACGGAAGUAAUAACAGUGAAGGCAAAGAGUUGAUGAUUAAUUCUUCCGGUGGAGAGAUCACGAGAAGACCUAGAGGAAGACCAGCUGGAUCCAAGAAUAAACCUAAACCGCCCAUCAUCAUCACUCGCGACAGCGCCAACGCGCUACGAACUCAUCUUAUGGAGGUGGCCGACGGUUGCGAUAUAGUUGAGAGCGUAGCUACAUUUGCUCGGAGGAGACAGAGAGGAGUUUCUAUUAUGAGCGGUACUGGAACUGUAACUAAUGUAACGUUAAGACAACCAGCUUCUCCGGGAGCUGUGGUUACUUUACAUGGUAGGUUUGAGAUUUUAUCAUUAGCUGGAUCGUUUUUACCACCACCUGCUCCGCCUGCUGCGACGGGGUUGACUAUAUAUUUAGCUGGUGGACAAGGGCAAGUUGUCGGCGGAAGUGUUGUCGGUACGCUUAUUGCUUCGGGUCCUGUUGUGAUUAUGGCUGCUUCUUUCAGCAACGCAGCUUAUGAGAGGCUUCCUUUAGAAGAGGAGGAGGGGCAGAUGCCGAUGCAAGGUGGCGGAAUUGGAUCGCCGGGAGCAGUGGGGCAGCAACAACAGCAGCAACAGGCGGCGGGUUUAGGAGAAGCAAAUGCUCAGAUGUUUCAAGGGUUGAACCCUAAUUUACUCAAUUCUAUUCAGUUACCAGCUGAGGCUUAUUGGGCAACUGGUCGUCCUCCUUAUUAACAAGAAAAUGCCAUAAGUCUCCAGGGUAUACGAAGCAUAUAUCAUAAAAAACCUUCCGAAAGAGUUCGGCUCGGUUAGUCGAAGCAGUGGCUCUGGACAUCUAAAGAACAAGAAAGAAUAUUACAAGGAUUGAUUUCAGGUGUAUUAGUUCAGUUAUUAUGAUCUUCUUUUUUAAUUUUUCUUUCUUCCUUUUCUUCUUAUUACUAUUAUUAUUACAUUCAGUUUAGUUAUGAUUCAAGAGAUGAUGACCAAGACUUUGUAGCUAGCUAGAGUAUUUGGGUUGUUGACCAUUUUCAGGUUUCA